AUGACCGAGCACGUCAAGACCACCAUCAAGGUCCUCGACUACGUCCACCUCGCCGUCGCGACGGGCAAGAAGACGCCCGGCCCCAUCCCGCACUCGGCGCACACCGAGUCCGAGUAUGCCGGCGGCGGUGUCGAGGGCACGGCCGUUAGCAGCUUCAGCAUGGCGCAGCAGGCUGCCGGCGCCAAGCCCGAGGACGGCCACUUUGCCGGCAUCGCCCUCUUCGAGGGCACCAUCCUCGGCAAGAAGGGCACGGUCGCCUGGACCGUCACGGGCACGUACAUCGGCCACACUGUCGACGCCCACCUCCACCUUCUUUCCGACACCGCGACCGGCGAGCUCAAGGGCAUUCACGGCAAGGGCCACUACAAGCUCCCCCCUCCCCCCGAGGGCUGCGACGGUACCAUCCCGACCGACAAGACCAAGAUCCCCGCCCUCGAGGCGACGUUUGACGUCGGCUUCGCCUAA